GGCAGCAGUGUUUACAUCCGGCCGGGGCGCGCAGCGUCGCCGCCGCCGGAGGUCUCGGAGAGGGUCCGAGCCUCCUGCGCCAUGGACACCAGCGACCUGUUCGCCAGCUGCAGGAAGGGGGAUGUGGGCCGAGUGCGGUACCUGCUGGAACAGCGAGACGUGGAGGUGAACGUGCGAGACAAGUGGGACAGCACCCCCCUGUACUACGCCUGCCUGUGUGGGCAUGAGGAGCUGGUGCUCUACCUCCUGGCCAACGGGGCCCGCUGCGAAGCCAACACCUUCGAUGGAGAGCGCUGCCUCUAUGGGGCGCUGAGUGACGCCAUCCGCCGGGCCCUGCGCGAUUACAAGCAGGUCACAGCCUCCUGCAGGCGGCGUGAUUACUACGAUGACUUUCUACAGCGGCUCCUGGAGCAGGGCUUGCAUAGCGACGUGGUCUUCGUCGUGCACGGGAAGUCCUUCCGGGUACAUCGCUGCAUCCUGGGGGCCCGCAGUGCCUACUUCGCCAACAUGCUGGACACCAAGUGGAAGGGCAAGAGUGUUGUGGUCCUCAGGCACCCGCUGAUCAACCCCGUGGCAUUUGGGGCCCUGCUGCAGUACCUGUACACAGGCCGCCUGGACAUCGGGGUGGAGCAUGUCAGCGACUGUGAGCGCCUGGCCAAGCAGUGCCAGCUGUGGGACCUGCUCAGUGACCUGGAGGCCAAGUGUGAGAAGGUGUCCGAGUUCGUGGCGUCCAAGCCAGGCACGUGCGUGAAGGUACUGACCAUCGAGCCACCCCCAGCAGACCCCCGGCUGCGGGAGGACUUGGCGCUGCUGGCCGACUGUGCCCUGCCCCCAGAGCUGAGGGGUGACCUCGGGGAGCUGCCCUUCCCCUGCCCCGACAGCUUCAGCAGCUGCCCGGAUGUGUGUUUCCGCGUGGCUGACUGCAACUUCCUCUGCCACAAGGCCUUCUUCUGUGGCCGCAGCGACUACUUCCGGGCCCUGCUGGACGACCACUUCCGUGAGAAUGAGGAGCCAGCGGCCCCCGGGAGCCCCCCUGUCAUCACCCUGCACGGCCUCUCGCCCGACACCUUCAUCCACGUGCUCUACUAUGUAUACAGCGACCACACGGAGCUGCCCCCUGAGGUGGCCUAUGACGUGCUCAACAUGGCCGACAUGUACCUGCUGCCCGGCCUGAAGAGGCUCUGUGGCCGUAGCCUGGCUCAGCUGCUGGACGAAGACAGCGUGGUGGGCGUGUGGCGCGUGGCCAAGCUUUUUCGCCUGGCACGGCUCGAGGACCAGUGCACAGAGUACAUGGCCAAGGUCAUCGAGAAGUUGGUGGAGCGGGAGGACUUCGUGGAGGCAGUGAGGGAGGAGGCGGCCGCUGUUGCUGCUCGCCAGGAGACAGACUCCAUCCCGCUGGUGGAUGACAUCCGCUUUCACGUGGCCAGCACGGUGCAGACCUACAGUGCCAUUGAGGAGGCGCAGCAGCGGCUGCGGGCGCUCGAGGACCUGCUUGUGUCCAUCGGCCUGGACUGCUGAGCUGCUGCCCUGGGCCAAGCACGCGUGUGUGUGAUAUGUGCAGCUGCACCUUGCACAGUGGGGAAGGGGGCUUCCCACGAGCCUGGGGACUGCGGGGCGGCCCUCCUUGGGGUGAGCCCCCUCCCCCAAUGCACCAGUCCCCGAGACCCUGGGGCUGAGCACCACUCAGGGAAACCGGGGUGGGGGCGGGCAGUAGUCCGUCCCUCCCACUCCGUCUGGCCCCGCUUGCUUGCUAAGCUGGCUGCCCAUGUGUGCAGGGCCAGGCGGGGAGAGCCUGCGUGUGGCAAUAAAGCCUGAACUCAUUGUG